AUGAAGGCGUCGUGGCCUGCGUUUACGCCUGGCACACUGCGGCUCGCCGUCAUGUUUGCCUGCCUCUACACGAUCGCGGUGACGCUUGUGCUUCUCCUCCAGCGCCGAUCCGCGCAUGUCGUCAGGAGUGCAACUACGCUUCACGCGACUCCUAUCAAAGCCACGACGUCGCUCUACCACGAAAAUUGCAGCUACCAAAGCUACGCCUUUGCCGAGCAGUACGAGGCGAUGGCCGCGCACCCCGUCAUGCCGCCACCAGGGCUGGCCAAGCUGCAGCGCGCGCGGCCAACCAUCGCUACGAAGCGGUCGUGGCGCGACUGUCUCCCGGUGCGCUCGGUCAUUUGCGGCGUGGCCGCCGGCGACCAAGACUCGCUGUUCACGCAGCACCCGCCGUGUCGGUCGGCGGUCUUGCACCACUUGCUCGUGUCGACGAUGGCGGCGAUGGAAGCCCGCGGGCACGUGGCCCUGCCGAUCGGGGCCGCGCUGGAACACAUGUGGGAACAUGGCGCACUCCCGCCGGCGACGCCCGUCCUCGACAUACUCACAAACGCAACCGACGACGUGGCCGACUGGCUCUGGGCCCGCGGUCUGGCCCAUUUUUACGACAAGAACGCGGGCGAUAUUACGUGCCUUGCCGCCCACCACCCGCUCGCGAGUCGCCUCUAUGCUGGCAACGUAGCAUCGUAUGAGGUGCCGCCCCACCUGCGCUGGUCGCGGAUCGACCCGAUGGCCAAAGACGACAAGUUUCGCAUUUCGCCGCAGCACGAGCAUGCCUACCGGUACGCGCAGCUCACGCCGCCCACGUGCUUGCGACUGUACAAUGUGUCAAUCCUCGCGCCAGCGCACCCGCCGACGUUCUUCACCGCAGCCCGCGGCAUGCGUGACCACGACGGUGAAGCCGCCAUUUACCCCAACCCAAGCUGCCAAGCACUUUGCGAAAACGGCGCACCACGCGCCGCCCGUAACGUGACGCCCAACGUCGCUCGGUGCCCACUGCGCGUCGACGCAGUGUUCGACACACGGCUCGCAACGUUCUUGAAGGACCCGAUCCCGCUUGUUCUGGACGUCGUCCACACCCCGCACCUCGCGCCGUUCAAUGACACGGCCAAGCUACGAGCCGGCGAAGCGUGGGAGUUUUGCCUACCGAUGAAGCCGCAGCAGUGUGGCGCGCGGCGCGGCGUCAAAUCGACGCUCUUCGAGACACCACCGGGCAAACCGUGCCGGUCGGCCGUGCUGCAGCUGCUGCUAGAAAACAUGCUCGAGGUCACGUACGACCUCGGCCUGCCGGCGUUUGUCUACUUUGGCACGCUACUCGGGGCAUGGCGCGAUGAAGCCAUCAUUCCGCACACGCGAGACAUUGACAUUGUUUUGCCGUCCGAAACGGAGUGGGCCAAGGUGCAGGACGCCAUGUGGGCGCGGGGCUUCUAUGUCUUCAAGCGCGAUAUUCACGGCGCCUGCGUUGCGUCGCACCACCCGCUGGCAGGUCUCGUGUACGCCCCCAACACACCGCUUGUCAAAACCUCCAAGUGGGACCACGGCACACCGUACUUGGACUUGUGCAUGUGGCGCCGCGCGUGGCGCGACAAGAUCAGCGUCGAGACGGCGCUUGAGAAGCUCGAUCGAAGCCGAAUGUUUCCGCUGCAGUGCAACGAAAAGAUCUUUGGGAACCACGUCCCCGGCAUCCAGGACCCCGAGGCCAUGUUCCGAACCGAGUACAGCACGACGUAUGCGCAGGACCCGGACCUGCACUUAGAGGCGUGCGAGUCGUACUGCGACUAUCAAGUGCUCUCGAACGCGACCACGGUCUAG